UAUUCAUGUAAAGAAUGAACUGAGAGUAAAAAGGCAGAGACCCCAGUCAACACAGGAGACACAGAGGUUGGUGUUUAAUACUUUGAAUUAGGUGUGUAAGAAAAGCUUUGGGACUGAUUUGAACUGACACACAAUGGCUUUUCUGCUGGGAAAAAUGCAGAAGCUAUUGAACCGGUCACGCCUCUUAUUUUGAAAUGAAACUGAGAGUAAAAACAGGUUGAUUUGACACUCAAGGCUUUCUUUAUACAGGACUGUAAAGAAAGAGACACCAGCGGACUGAAUCCGGUGGAAGUCCUAGUAUUUCUUAUUUGAUUAUUACUGCUUUCCAAAUCAACUUUGUGGGCAGCGAAUGCUGAAAUGAUGCUUCAUCAGCCAGCACUUCUCGUCUUCUUCAUGUCUGUCAUCAUCGUCUUACCAUGCUCCGUCUCUGGGAGAAUCUUUUACACCCAUCUCGGGACGAGGUGUUUAGACGACUGCAGGCUGAAUGGGAGCGAGUACAGGUGCAACACAGUAACAGAAGAGGGCGUAAUAGACACUCUGUACUGCUCUCCAGAAAACAGUCAAGACCACAAAGGAAAUGAGUGCACCUCUCCGUGCUGGAAGGAAAGUAAAGACUAUUACUGGUGCACAGUUGGAUGGACGUGGGGAUACUGUGGGCAUGUGAAGGAGGACCGAAACCAUUACAGCUCCAAAUAUGGAGAAAAGUGUACGGACGCCUGUGGCAUGCAUAGAACAAGCUACUACUGGUGCAACACCAAACAAGGCUGGGAUUACUGCUCAGUAGAAAAGAACAUAGAUUAUAAAGGCAAUGCCUGUCACCAGGACCAUCCCUGUGGGAAGCACGGUGAACCCUACUACUGGUGCAAGAGGGCAGAAGGUGGCUGGGGUUACUGUGGGCCAGUAGAACCUAAGACACUGCAACAAAAGUACCUGGACAUUUUUCAGGAUGAUUUACUGCUCAAUAGAUCAGAAGCAUUUGUUCAGUCUUACAACAACAGUGUCUGGGAUGUCUUAACUGAUAUCUAUGAGCAAGUGCCCGGGCGGUUGGACCUCUGCAUCGACUACAGGAAAAUAAAGCACAGACGGCGCAGCGAAAAGGCUAAUUGAUGGUGGAGAGGUCAUUGACUUUGAGAUUGAUCAGGGAAAACAUAUUGCCACUCUUUUCAUAGUAUGUCCAGGCCAAAAUGCACUAACAGAUGGCAGGACUUGGAGCAAUGAAAUAAGAAACUUAAUUGCACAGUGGAAGCAUGGGUACUUGGGCAAUCAUACUAGAUUCCAGCUGAUAUCUUCAAACAGUCUCCGUAUUGAUCUACAGGGGCUGCCGUACAUAGAAGGUCAACAAUACUAUAACCUAGAAAUCCAUCGCCGGCAGAACUCCACGGUGUCCCAGAUCCUCAUACCUAGGGACCCUCCAAUUCCCAUUCCAGACAGAUACAUCCGUAGAGCCUUCUCGUUGAGCUUCUAUUAUCUUGAGGGGGUUAUUGUGGAAACUAAACCCUAUCAACCCAGGCUGGGGUAGAAAAGAGUCACAUAUAAUUUACAUUAACAUAGUACACAUUAUUUAUUCUGCAAGUUUAGGCUUAUAGAUAUUAAGUACAGUGU